CACUGUUUACAGGUCCAACAAUGUUAGGCUGAAAAUAUUUUAAUGCUUUGAAUGUACACUUUAUUUAAAAAAAUCAUUAUUGUAACAAAAUGUUACAGGCACGCAUGAUUUUUGUUUGUUUCACUUUGUGCUUUUUGAACAGUGUAACAUCGGAAUAUGCACCGACGGGAUGUGACCUAACUGGCGGGGGAACUGGUAAAGCCACUUGUGACUUUGCCAGCUGGAGUCCGCCGCUUGACGAGGGAGACUUUGGACCGGGGGAUGUUUAUCAAAUUAUUGUUGAAAAUGUGGACGGAACUAUACCAAAUCAGGCGUUCAGUGGAAUUGACGACAACAAAAAUACAACAAAAGACACCGGGAUAAAGUUUGAGUGUACUCUAGAAAAUAUCUUACUGUCACCGGAAGUAUUUACCCCUAAUCUGAGCUGGAUGAAGUAUCUUACUUUUAAGAAUUGUUACGUUCAAGAUGGUAUUUCGAGUGGAAUGCUUUCAAACAUGACUGGUCUGGAAGAGUUUACAGUUGACGGAGGUAUCAUAGGUCCCCUCUCAUCAGACGUGUUUUCUGGAUUAACAAAUCUUGUAAAGAUAAUAAUAAAUGCUGACUUUCUAGAUGCUGAUAUACCUGCUGGGCUUUUCACAAGCCUUAGUGCGCUACAAGAAAUAGAUUUGAGAUCCUCAGGCAUCUCAAGUAUAUCAGCAGACACUUUUACCAAUUUGGCACUUCUUACAAAAAUUGACCUCUCGGAAAACUCGCUUACAACAUUACCGGAAGGAAUGUUUACGUCGCUUAUAUCAUUGUCAACAGUGGAACUUGGCACAAACUCAUGGGAUUGUACAUGUGAUUUGGCUUGGCUAUCUACGUGGUCACUUUAUACAGGUGUUACUAUUGACGUCACGUGUACAACACCAGCAGCCUACAACGGUAUACCGCUAAGCAGAGUGGUCGCUUCUCUCGGGUGUAUAAGCUCGAUAUCAUCAUCUAAUGCGUCAGGGUCAACUUCCGAUUCCAGUUCUUCCGGUUCAAGUUCAAGUUCAGGUUUGUAUUUAGUACUCAAUUCAAUAAGUAUGACAUAA